UCUGAUUUCCUUCGUAGCAGUUGUUUUUAAAAUCGCCAUAAAAAUAAACAAAGUUUGAGGUUUGAGGAGUAAUUUCUGUUGGGAAAAGUGUUGAAGAUUUGAACAAAUGCAUUUACAUCAAAAAAACAAAAACUUAUUAGCGCGUGAUGCGCGCCAAUAUUCGUAAGCCCGCGAAAUCUGAGAAAACGCCGCGGCGCAAGAAGCUCCGAGAGCAACGGAACGACGCUAUGGAUAUGUUCGUGACUCCGAAACGUCAGAAGAAUGACGAUCUAGAGGUCACGGGUAUCUCCCGCAGUGGCCGUGUGAGAAAGAAAUCUUCCAAACUCGUUGACUUUGAAUCGCCAGAUGAUUUUACGGAUAACAAGUACAAACGUCAAAAAGCACAGCAAUUACAAAAUCAACAAUUAUUGGACAGAUAUGAUUCCCAACGUAUGUCACCAAAUCAGUCGAUCCAACAUGCAAGUAGUGGAAGACAAAGGAAGAAUUCAAAUUCCAACUCUGGACAGCAAAGAAUUAAACAAGAGACAUUGUCAGAUAAUGAAGGGCAGUCUUCAGGGUCAGAUUCUGAUGAUCCCUCUGGGUUGAACGAGGAUGAAAGAUAUAGUAUGGAUUCUGGAAGCGAUGAUGACGUUGAUCCUCUUAUGAUAGACGAUAGAGAAGCAGGGUUUAGAAAGCUUGAACCACCUGGCCAAGAAACACCUUCACAAGCAAAUAGUUUGUACAUGCUUGAGAAAUGUAAGAAAAAGCUAAUUAUUAAAGAUGGCAAAAUAAUAGGUAGAAUGAAGGCACAACGUAAAGACAAAGGGAAAACGAGAUUUACCGCGUACAUGUUGUGGGCUAAAGAAAUUAGGCAAGAGUUACUAGAGCAAUGUCCUUAUAUGGAUUUUGCAGCAAUUUCUAAACGGUUAGGAGAACUGUGGGCUACAGUACCAAAUCUGGAAAAAUAUAACUGGCGCAGACGCGCAAAACGCUUGGCAGCAAAACCUCAUUCUUUACCUGCGAGUAAAGAUGAGCCUGUUUGGAAAAUGCCGCCGCCUGCUUCGCGAAAAAAAUUCAUUAAUAAAAUUGGUAAUGGGAAAGAGCAAAAGCCUGCUACCUCCAAAAAAACUAUUCAACUAGGUCUACCCUCGGUUGUAGGAAAUGUUCCGGUAUCGCCGCCGUCGAAUCGAACUGGGAAAGAUUUAGUUAACGAACCAAUGAUAGGAACAGGAAUGUACAAAGUCGUUGGUACUCAACCUAUCGAUGUAGCUGCUCAUCUCAAGCUUCUCGGUGAGAGCUUAACGAUCAUCGGUGAACGGUUAAAGGAACACGAUGGGCAAAUAGCGGUAUCGGGCAGUCUGUCGGUCUUGCUGGAUUCUCUACUUUGCGCACUGGGUCCUUUGAUUUGCCUAACACAACAGGUACCAGAAACUAAUGGAGCUAAACACGAAACACUUUCGCAAAUGCUCGACAAUAUUGCGUAUCUUAUGCCUGGUUUGUAAUAUAUGUAAAAAUAAUGAAAAAGAUAAUCUAAUAAUAUACAAUGUAAAUAUACCGAUAAAUUAAAUAGACGUACAUAAUUGUUAAAUGAGUUAAGAAUAACAAAGAAAUGAUAUAGCUUUGUUUGCUACAAAAGGAGAGAAUUUUAAAGUGAAAUCUUUGUUAUAUUUUCUCUGCUUAUAAAAGUAAGAAGUUUUAUAUAAAUAAUAUGUUUGUAUAAAAAAUUACAAUAAACAUUUGAAUAAUUCUAUAA